UUAUCACUUUAUCAUGAGUUAUUUUCCUUGGUUAACAAUACUUGUUGUUUUGCCGAUAUUUGCCGGUUCAUUAAUUUUCUUUUUACCUCAUAAGGGAAACAAAAUCGUUAGGUGGUAUACUAUAUCUAUUUGUUUAUUAGAAUUCCUUCUAAUGACUUAUGCGUUCUGUUAUCAUUUCCAACUGGAGGAUCCCUUAAUUCAAUUAAAGGAGGAUUAUAAAUGGAUAGAUGUCUUCGAUUUCCAUUGGAGAUUGGGAAUCGAUGGACUUUCAUUAGGAUCCAUUUUAUUGACAGGAUUUAUCACUACUUUAGCUACUUUAGCAGCUUGGCCAAUUACACGGAAUUCGCGAUUAUUCUAUUUCCUGAUGCUCGCAAUGUAUAGUGGUCAAAUAGGAUUAUUUUCUUCGCGAGACCUUUUACUUUUUUUUAUCAUGUGGGAGUUAGAAUUAAUUCCUGUUUACUUACUUUUAUCCAUGUGGGGGGGAAAGAGGCGUCUAUAUUCAGCUACAAAGUUUAUUUUGUAUACUGCAGGCGGUUCUAUUUUUUUCUUAAUCGGAGUUCUGGGUAUGGGCUUAUACGGUUCCAACGAACCAGGAUUAGAUUUGGAAAGAUUAAUUAAUCAAUCAUACCCCGCAACCUUGGAAAUACUUUUAUAUUUUGGCUUCCUUAUUGCUUAUGCUGUCAAAUUGCCGAUUAUACCCCUACAUACGUGGUUACCAGAUACCCAUGGGGAAGCACAUUAUAGUACAUGUAUGCUUUUAGCGGGAAUAUUAUUAAAGAUGGGAGCAUAUGGAUUGAUUCGGAUCAACAUGGAAUUGUUACCUCAUGCUCAUUAUCUAUUUUCGCCCUGGUUAGUAAUAAUAGGAGCUAUCCAAAUAAUCUAUGCAGCUUCAACUUCUCUUGGUCAACGAAAUUUCAAAAAAAGAAUAGCUUAUUCCUCUGUAUCUCACAUGGGUUUCAUAAUUAUAGGAAUUGGUUCCAUAACCAACAUUGGACUCAAUGGAGCUAUUUUACAAAUAUUAUCCCAUGGAUUUAUUGGUGCUACACUUUUUUUCUUGGCAGGAACCGCUUCUGAUAGAAUGCGUCUUGUUUAUCUCGAAGAACUGGGAGGAAUAUCUAUCCCAAUGCCUAAAAUUUUUACCAUGUUUAGUAGCUUUUCAAUGGCUUCUCUUGCCUUACCAGGAAUGAGUGGUUUUGUCGCAGAAUUAGUAGUAUUUUUUGGACUAAUUACUAGUCCAAAAUUUUUGUUAAUGCCAAAAGCACUAAUUACUUUUGUAAUGGCAAUUGGAAUGAUAUUAACUCCUAUUUAUUUAUUAUCUAUGUUACGCCAGAUGUUCUAUGGAUACAAGCUAUUUAAUGUUCCAAACGCAAAUUUUGUGGAUUCUGGACCACGAGAACUCUUUAUUUUAAUCUGUAUCUUUUUACCAGUAAUAGGAAUUGGUAUUUAUCCAGAUUUUGUUCUCUCCCUAUCCGUUGACAGGGUAGAGGCUCUCUUAUCCAAUUAUUAUCCUAAAUAGGUUUGGUUUUUUUUACUAGUCUGCUCUAUUAAUGCAGAAAUAAGUAAAAAAGUAUAAUUAGAUCUAUCUCGAAUUUUUGAGAACCCUUUGAGAAGGCGCUCAAGGGGUUCUCAAAUAAAAUAUAAAAGUAAAAACGUUCAUUUCAUGAACGUUUUUUUUUAUGUAAUCAUUUAGGUGUUAAUGUAAACGAACCAUAACUAUGUAAACCUAUUCCUAAUAGAUUGAUACCAAAAUAACAAAUCCAAAUUAUAAGAAAUCCUAUCGAAGCUAUAAGUGCAGAAUUCGUACCCUUCCAAUUUGGAUUUGUUCUACUAUGUAAAUAAAUUGCGAAUAUGGUCCAAGUAAUAAAUGCCCAAGUUUCCUUAGGAUCCCAAUUCCAAUAGGAUCCCCAGGCCUCAUUAGCCCAUACUGCUCCACAAAGAAUACCUAUGGUUAAAAGGGUAAAUCCUAGGCUAAUGAUACGAUAACUCCAAGAAUCCAAACGCUCCGUUAAUUGAUAUUUGUAAUAAUUUGGAAAUGAAGGGACAGGGGCGCUUUUUAAAGCACUUCUUUUUGCAUAAAAAAAUGCAAUCUCACUAAAGAAAAAUGUUUUAUUUAAAACAUUUUUUUUCUUUUUAGAAAAGAAA